AUGCAAAGCUCACUGCGGCGGCCGCUGCGCCACACGGCGCUUGCAUCGUCGCCCGCCCGCGAGGGCACGGGUCCGCUGGCAGGUGGGGUGAACCCGCGCGGCCGUCUGCGCAUGGCUCCCGGCGGGCACCCCAAUCCGCUGAGAAUCCAUCGCCGUUCAGUGGCCAUCCGGUGCUCCGCGGGAUCCGGUGAGACGCUUGUUGUGCGCCUGAGCGUGCGCCGCCGGGUGGAGUUCGGCGAGAGGGUGUGCGUGGCGGGGUCUGCCGAGGGGCUGGGGCGGUGGCGGCGGGAGUUGGCGGUCGGGAUGGGGUGGAGCGAGGGGCACGUUUGGAGGGCGGAGUGCGAGGUUACAAAAGGGGAGCCUUUCGAGUACAAGUAUUUUGUGGAGCACAUCAACGGGGAGCCAGAAUGGCAACCAACGGACAAUCUUACUUUCAUCGCACCAGCUGAUGCCAUCAGUGGCACAAUUGUCAAUGUUAGCGACAGCUGGCUGGGCAAAGACCAAACUAUUGCUAUUGAAGGGCUGGUUGGCAACAAGGUAGACAAGAAGAAAGCGAACAGCAAAAAUAUAGUCGAGAAACAGCCAACAGCAGAGGCCAAGGCCUCUGUGACAUCUUCCCGUAGGCGAACUGUGGACAUUGGGGCCCCUGAAGAUGCCCCAGAUUUCGUUCAAGCGAAUGGAAAUCUUGAAACACCGGACCUGCGCCAAGGUCUUGAGAGCAAAGGAGAUGAUGCUGGCUCUGGGUCUUGCGUCCAAUUGUAUUGA